AUGUCAGAAAAUAGCCAAAUAACUAAAAAAUCUAUUCAAGAUAUUUCCCAAAGCUUGAUUGAAAAUACACCUACCACACAUGAUUGCGAUACUCUUACUUGUGAUCUUACUAAUGUCGAAGAAGAUAUGAAUGCACAUGUUGAAGUACUUGAAAGUUUUUUUCAUCGUAUUUUAGAUGAUAUAAAGAAUAAUAUAAAAGCAAAUAAUAAAACAAAUUAUCGAUUAUAUCAUGUUGUAAAUUUUGAUCAAGCAAUCAGUUCUGAGAAAAUAAUUACCAAUAGAAAAGAUAUUAAUGGUUUAAUUUUAAAAUUUGGUGAUAAUUUAGUACUUUCUCAUCAGGAAGAUCAAAAUAUUUAUUCUAGUGUCUUUUGUCAUAUAAUAGCAGAUAUAUACUAUGAACAACUACCCAUAAUGCUCAUUGGAAAAUAUAAAAUUAAUCAAUGA